AUGCAAUUGAAUUAUUGUCAAGCAUGGAACUUGAAAGAGAAGGCUAAAGAACGAAUUCAUGGUGUGCCGCAAUGUUCAUAUAAGUUGUUACCUUGGUUAUGUACAAGGCUUAUUGAAACAAAUCCAGGGACGAUUGCUGAAUAUAGAUGUUCGGAUGAUGGUCAUUUUAUGCAAUUGUUUGUUGCCCUUUCAGUGUCAAUACAUGGGUUUCAAUUGGGAUGUCGUCCUAUUAUAUCAAUAGAUUCAUCCCACAUGAGUGGGCCAUACAAGGGUGCUUUAUUUUCAGCUUCUUCCUAUGAUGCUGACGAUGGCAUGUUUCCACUUGCUUAUGGCUUAUUUAGCUCUGAGAAUUACGAGGAUUGGCUUUGGUUUUUAGAGAAAUUGAAGAUGGUCAUAGGUGAAAGAGAUGUUAUAAUAAUAUUUGAUAGGCACCAAGGGAUUAUCCGUAGUGUUUCAGAGGUAUUUGGUAGUGAAAACCAUGCACAUUGCUAUCGUCACAUUAAAGAAAACUUCAGUAGCUUUCUAACAAAGCUGAACACUAAAGGGAGGAAAGGAAAGGAAAAUGCUUUGCAAAUGCUUGAUUCUAUCGCCUAUGCUAGGUUAGAUUGUGAUUAUGAGGUUGCAAUGGAUACUUUAAGGACAUUGAAUCAUGAUUUGGCGAAGUGGGUUGAAGAAAAUAACCCUCAACAUUGGGCAAUCUCUAAAUUUAAGAAGAUGCGUUGGGAUAAGAUGACAAGUAAUUUGGCCGAGUCUUUCAAUUCUUGGUUAAGACAUGAACGACACCAUAAAAUUUGUGUUUUCUUCAUCGAGCAUAUGGAUAAUUUAGGAUCUCUUUUAGUCGAGCAUAAAAAUGGACUUGUAAAAUGGAAUGGGUGUAUUGGUCCUAAAACAGAAGAAAAGAUUGCAUUGAACAUUGGAAAAGGUGAAAAUUAUAUCACUUAUUUACACUUGGGUAGUUCAAUGAAAGUAUCCAAUGGAAAAGCAUUCUUGGAAGUGGACUUAAUGGAGCGAACUUGCACAUGUAAAGCACGGCAAAUGUCUGGAAUCCCAUGUGAUCAUGCUUGUGCAGCUAUACGGCGAAUGGGGUUUGAUGUAUCUAAUUAUGUUGAUGACUGGUAUAAGUACAAUUUGCAAGAGAAGAUAUACUCUGGAAGCAUGCGUACUUUGGUAACGCAUGACAUGCCAAUGAUUGAUGAAGAUGGAACCGUUCGUGAUGCCUUGGGUCAUACUUAUCCCUUUCUUAAUCCUCCAACCACAAAGCGACCUCCUGGAAGACCUAGGAAACGUUGA